AGCCACAAACCGCAGAAUCGGCGUCGACCAAAAAUGGUGCACUCAAAAUAUCCCUCCCGACCGUCCUUGAACCAACAGAGCAAGCCGAUAUUCCUGAUAAACCGUUCGUUACGUCAGAAUCUAAAUUAUCGUUGCCUUCCAAUCUUUCCACUCCGACGUCACCAUUGCGAUUGUCAUCUCCUAUGUCAUUGCCAUCCUCUCCUAGUCCAUUCAGCACAGAACAAGACAAAUCCACUGCGAGCUCUCAGCUGUUAUCGACAUCCAAAAGUCAACAGGUCCCUGGCACACCUCUACUCAACACUGGCUCGGCAACGGGCAACCCCCGCAACAAGUGCGCGCUGCAACCCGGACACAGUCUGAUGGACUGGAUCCGGCUGGGCAACUCCGGAAAGGACCUCACCGGCGUCGGUGGUCGCAUCCGUCCUGUUUCCCCUGCAGAGCUCGCUUCACACAACACACAAAAGGAUGCCUGGUUAGCGAUACGAGGUCGUGUCUACAAUGUUACACAUUAUCUGGCUUAUCACCCUGGAGGACCCGAAGAACUAAUGCGCGGAGCAGGCAUAGACGCUACGCAAUUAUUCGACAAAGUUCACCCUUGGGUCAACUACGAUUCCUUAUUAGCAAAAUGUCUAGUUGGCCCUCUACAAGUUGACCUACCGAGCGCUGAGGAACUCUUCGAUUCCUCAAAUCCUUCACCAAAAUCUGAUCGCCUUCGAGAACCUUCAAAAGCACAAGAACUGGUCAGAAAAUCAAUGGAAAACAUAGCAAAUUGCAUCACCCCUGUUAAAAAGAAAAUAGCGUCGAAAAACGAAGAAAACUUUAAAGGGAGUCCGCCUAGUAAAAUUAUGCAAAGUUUAAUACAGUCGAGCGAUUUACCCGUAUCGAUAAGUCGACGAGCCGCUUAUACUCCAGCGAAAACGGAGAAAAGUACGGAAGAAACACCGCCCUCAUUAAGACAUGAUUGGAUUCAAACAUCUACGAAACUUACAAUAUCUGUAUACACCGGAUCAUUAGCGAAUCCCGGAGGAUGUGCCCGAAUACAUGAAGGAAUCCUGUUUAUAGAGGUUGCGACCGACGGCUGGCUUAGAACUUUGAAAUUAGUUCCUGAAGCGAAACUAGAACUACCUUUGCAAUUACGAACAUUUACGGAAAGUGGGAAAAUUGAGGUGAGUGCCCAAAAGGCCGAGACGGGUGUAUGGAAAGGCUGCGGGGAGAUAUCACUGGGCGUUCCGACAAGAGUGUCGUCCCCAAGGACCGUAGAAUGCCGUGUCGUGUCCGUGAGUCGUGUGUCGCACGACACUACGUUAUUAUCCUUAACGCCGCUUUUAGGACCCGUCGUUGUACCUUUGGGACAUCACAUUUGUAUACAUAUGCCAGUUUCAGGUUCAGAGACGAACUGCGUGAGAUCAUAUACGCCCGUUGGCGAAGGCUGGGGCGCUGAAACCGAAGUUUCGGGGGCGCUUAAACUGACCAUAAAGAAAUAUGAAAAGGGGCAAAUGUCACCAUUGUUAGCUGAAUUGAAAUCUGGCGAUAAUGUUACGCUCUCCGGACCAUAUGGAAAUUUUCAACUUCAAAAGUUAAAAGCAGUAAAAACAAUAUACUUCAUCGCAGCUGGCACAGGCAUCACUCCGAUGUUAGGGUUACUAAGGUUCAUGCUGGGCAGGUCAAACCCGCGUUGCGAACAAGUCCAUCUGCUAUUCUUCAAUAAGACGGAAGAAGACAUACUAUUCCAAGACAAAUUCGAAGAAAUAGCCAAGGAAGACGACAGGUUUACAGCCACACAUGUACUCUCAGAUGCAACUUCUACCUGGACAGGUCACAGAGGAAGAAUAGGCAAGGAUCUCCUCAAUCAAGUCCUAGGUAAAGUCAAUUGCGCUGAUCAAUGUUCACAUUUCUUCUGUCUCUGUGGACCAACGGAUUUCACCCACUCGGCACACUACUUGUUAGGAGAACACCAAGUUAGAGAUAGCUGUCUACAUGCAUUUAUGGGAUAAUUAUAUUUUGUAAAGAGAGGUCAAUGUGCAAUAUAUUUAGUAUGUAUAUAAAUCUCUUUAAUGAUGAAUUAAUAAGUAAAUUAUGGCGCGUUUACACUAGGUUGACAAGUCGUCUUCGCUGCCCCGCCUCGUGUAACCACAGAGUCGUUUGACGACGAGUCGUAGUUCGCUGCCAGAGUUGACCGAGUCGACUAGGUGUAAUCAAUCACUGUUAGUCUUCGGCAAGCGACUGUCGACGAAAACAAGUUUCAACGUAUCGGCGGCCGCGUCCUACCACGAUAUGCGUGCUGGGAAUAAGGAAACACCUACCUAACCAAUCAGUUUGUUAAGUUUUCGAACGAUAUAAUGUGGUGUUGGAGAAUGAUGCUCCGUAUACCGUGGACCGCUAAGCACAAACCAAUCCAUAAGCAGCUUAAUAUCACAGAUAGACUUUCCACGAUAUGCUACCAGAAAACCCUAAAGUGUUUUGGUCAUAUUGCUCGCCGACAACCAGACAACGUUGACUGGUUGUGAUUGUUAUGUAGAGGGAAAGAGACUCCGCGGUCGAUCACCUAGCCGAUGUAGUGACCGACCUUACUGGUCUCCCUAUAACAACUGCCCUGAGAGAGGCCGAAGACAGAACCAGAUGGAAGAAAAUCAUAAUCGUAAUGCGUACACUUAUAUUUAUAAUGAUUUGGUAAUUUGGGCAAAGGCGGCAGUCGACUUGAUGUAAACAGCACGUCCACAUCGCCGUCUUUGUCAGCCGAAUGCUGCAAUUGACUCGGUAUAAACAGCGAGUCAACUGCGUGUCCUUUGGCUAGGAAGUUUUUUUAAUAAAAAAAAACUAAGUGCGCAUUUGACCUCCAUCUUAGAUAGUGACGAUGGGGUCGACAAUGGAUGCAUGCUUCAUUUAAAGAAUUCACUCUCGCCUCGAAUAGGCCCAAGUUAUAGCGUUCAGAAAAUAAGUCUGCCGGCAGGAGGCAGGGAGCACUUCGUGCGAAUCCUUGGGAUAUUCAACACGGUAGUCUUCCGAAGGCGGCUACCGACCCUGUGUAAACACGCCAUUAGAGACUAAUGCAAAAUGGAUUGCGAUUAGAUAUAGCACGUGUAUUUCGAUAUUGGUGCAUUCUUUACGCUAUUGCGUUGUGACUAGAGACAGUCGUUUAGUGCGACUUAUUAAGCAUGAACGGAAUCUGUUUGGUCACGGACAUUUUGUCCCUCGCCUUCCUAAGUUUCAUAUUCGACAUAUACAUACGUGUGCGCUGGCUUAAGUUUCACGAUAAUCUUGCUUUUUAUCACGUAUACUUUUAUUGUAUAUGAAUUUAACUCAGAAAAAAAAAUGUCCACUCUAUAACGACGUUUAAAGGAAGACGAAAUAAAGACGAUUGUGCUAAUGCAAGAAACAACUUUUACUAAGGAAUCCCUCAGUCAAAUCACAAAAUAAAGUCCGUGACCAAAGAAACGCCGUAAGUAAAGAAGUAAUUAUGUAAUUUUCGUUUCAACUCCGCGGUUUUAAACAAACAAUUUUCAUUAAAACUCACUGUAUAUUUUCUUUUUCAUGUUCAUUAAUUCAAUAGUAAUAAUUUUAACAAACUACUCCAAGACACCUACCUACCUGCAGGGUUAUCACGAUAUGCGCGCUUUGGCGACAUAAAGCUCGAGAUCUCGACGGGCACGUUCCAUUAUGUUGUAACGUUGUAUUAAUUGUUGGACAACUGUCGCGUCUAGCCUGUUCCCAUAUCACGAGUAUUAUGUAUGUCGUAACUGAGUCGUGGACAUUUAUGUUAUCGUUGAACGACUAUCGUGUCUAGCAAUUCCCGCUAGAUCGUGACGACAAUUUUUCGGUUCCCGGCAGCCGCCUUGUCGUUUGCACGACAGAAUCGUUUGAAGCUGCGAUUAUCUGUCGUCACAUUUUUAUCGUGACGUUUUAUUUAU